AUGACGAAACUCACAGCAACUUGGACUCAACUUACCCAGAAUUCGACUGAGGCCUCAACCUUGGACGCUCCACCAGAGGCCCCGACUGCACGCGUCGGGUCAGCCAGCGCCGUCAUCAAAGACUCACUGUAUUUAUUCUCUGGCCGUGGCGGCAUCGCGAUGGCGCCCGUGGAGGAGAACGGCGCCAUCUGGCGGUACACACCGUCCCAUUCGAGUUGGAAGCUGCUGAAGCCUGUGGAUCCGGAGAAGCCCUACCCUGCCGGCCGCAGCUAUCACGCCAUGACCUCAAACGGAUCCGAUCUCCUUUUUGUGCACGCUGGGUGCCCCGAGAAGGGCCGCUUGCAGGACCUCUGGUCCUUCAGUCUCGUCUCGCAGACGUGGAAUGAGCUACCGUCGGCGCCGGAGCCGUCGAGGGGCGGCACCAGUAUAGCAUACUCAGGCGGGAAGCUGUACAGAAUGAACGGAUUUGAUGGAACCACCGAGCAAGGAGGCCUGCUUGACACGUAUGAUUUGGCCACGAACAAAUGGUCCUCUUUUGCGUUCAACCCCGACGGGAAAAGUGGGCCCGGGCCGAGGAGCGUGUCUACACUUGUGGCUGUGACGAUCAAGGGGAAGAUUUAUCUUGUCACUAUGUUCGGGGAGUGCGAUCCCAGUUCUUUAGGUCAUGCUGGCGCUGGGAAAAUGCUCUCGGAUGUGUGGGCUUUCGACGUUGCUGGUCAGGAUUGGGUGAAGGUUGAGGCGAGUGGGGGCAGCCCUGCUCCCAGGGGUUGGUUCGCUGCUGAUGUAGCACAAGCAGGUGGGGAAGACUCUGUAAUCGUCCAUGGUGGUCUUGCGGAAGACAAUUCGCGCCUAGGCGACGUCUGGAGGCUAGACUUUACCUGA